AUGCAUCUCUUCUUACUUCAGCUGCUGAUGCUCCUGCCUCUAGGGGAGGCUGGAUGGCACCGGGAUGGCCACCAAAGUCAGAGUUCUCUUUCUCUUGAGCUCCUAGGAAGAAAUCGCAGAGAGCUCCCCACAGGCAGCCAUGAGGAAGCCGAAGAGAAGCCAGAUCUGUUUGUGUCUGUGCCACACCUGAUAGGCACCAGCCCUGCAGGAGAAGACCAAAGGCAGAGAGAAAAGAUCUUGUCCAGAUUUGGCAGGUUCUGGAAGAAGCCUGAGAGAGAGCUGCGUCCACCCAGGCACUCAGAUACUGAGCACUCCCCCGCUGAGACUCAGACUGUCCCUCAGCACAUGGAUGGCAUGAAAAGGGAAAAAUAUCCUCUUUGGGAAGAAGCUAAGAAGUUUUGGCACCACUUCAUGUUCAGAAAGAGUCCAGCUUCUCAGGGGGUUAUCUUGCCCAUCAAAAGCCAUGAAGUACACUGGGAGACCUGUAGGACAGUGCCCUUCAGGCAGACUGUCACCCAUGAAGACUGUGAAGAAGUAGUUGUCCAGAACAAUCUGUGCUUUGGGAAAUGUGGGUCUAUUCCUUUUCCAGGAGCUGCACAGCACCCCCAGGCCUUCUGUUCCCACUGUUCACCUGCCAAGUUCACCACAAUGCACUUGCAGCUGAACUGCACUAGCUCUGCCUCUGUGGUCAAGGUGGUGAUGCUGGUGGAAGAGUGCCAAUGCAAGGUGGAGAUGGAACAUGGGGAUGGACACCCCCUACAGGCUGAUUCCCAGGAACCUUUUAUCCCAGGAGUUUCAUCCUAGAAAGCUAUGCCACCAUGACUUUUGAAGAGCAGAACCACAAUAGCAGAGGUGCUGAUUAUUCAGUCUGGAAAAAUUAAGAAGGGACCCAAUGUUUUAAAGGAAAGGUGGUUUAGAAAGUAGUUGUAAGAUAGCAUGACUUAGAGAAAAUGGUUCAGUUAUGGAUAUCAGUACGUAUUUGGGCUCUACUCUUGGCUCUGCCACUAACUAGAUGUGGAAUGUGAACUUUCUAAAAUUUUAAUGUAAAAUAAAGGACUCAACUGAGAUGAUUGCUACAUCCUUUCCAUUACUAGUAUCCCAUGAUCUCUUUUCUCUGAGUUUUGCUAAAAAGCCUUCUAUUUAAAGGAAAAGAAACAAAAUAGACCAUAAAAUUGGGCCUUUUUAAUAGUUUGUCAAA